AAUGCUAAAUCUAAAUAUCCAUUUUUCACCAAGGCAUCCAUUAUCCUAUUAUAUAGAAAACUCGCGGCUUUAUUCCAUAUUUCUUCAUCUUUUCAUACACAUAAUAAGCCACGAGUCCUCUAUUCUGAUUAGCAUGAAUUCCAAUUUAGAAUCUCGAAUUGCUUUUCACUCGGGGGCUUGCCUUGGGGAUACAUUAAUUCCGGCAACUGAUCAGCAGCCCGUGGAAGAACUUGGAAGCAAGGGCAGGGUUGUUUUGAACUUGCAGCACUUCCGCGACGAGAAUAGAUGUAACGCGGCGGAGGCUUUUGAGCUCGGCGAUGACGGCCGAGUUCCGUUUCCUCCAGAAGGCAUCGAGAGUGAAGCAGGUGGUGUGGAUCCCAUUUACGGGGUCGAAGGGUUGAGAGUCAGGUGGACGAGUUUGGGGGUCAUUGAGAGUCUGGCGGUUGGAGAAGAGGCAAAGGUGCACUACAGGGCGGUUUUGAGACGGCUUCCGGUGGCCGUAGAAGAAGUAGGGCUUUGUGCCUGCGGUUCUCGCCUCCCUGUCCCUGCCCUGUGAUUCUUUCGCCGACUUAAUUUGCAGGCAAGAAAGAAGAUGAAAAAAACGACGUCAUGUAACAUUAAUAAGCCAAACGGCCUUCC